CAUCACAAAAUAUAGAAAUCAAAACAAAGCAGCAUGCCUAUGGAAAACAGCCCCUCCCACUUCUACACUCCACCUCAUCAUUACAAUCAAGAAAAAUGGUUGGUUCCCACAUCAAAUUCAUAUUCACCCACAAACCUCUUCAAACAAUUUUAAUCAAUAAUCUUUCUUGGCCUUUCUAAAAGAUUCAAACUUUAAUAAUCUUUUUCUCUUUCUUUUACUUGGGUCUUCUUCUUUUUUUGUGGGUGUGUGAAAAAAAGAAAGUUUUGAGGUGUUCUUGGUGUAUGAUGGGUAGCUGCUGGUGUAAAUGGAAACCCUCUAUUUACAGAGUCUCAUCCAACACAAAAUCAGAGUUGGCCAAGGAUGAAAGUUCAAUAGCUAAAAGAAAGGAGGAAUUAAAUAAGCUGCCAUCAAAUCCCAAAGAAGUAGAAGAUCUGCGACGUAGUUCUGCUACUAAUCCAUUAAUCGUGUUCACGUUUGAUGAACUUAGAAAAAUGACCGAUAAUUUUAGACAAGAUCACAUGUUAGGUGGAGGGGGAUUCGGUAGUGUUUACAAAGGCUUCCUUUAUGAUGAUUUAGAAGAAAGGAUUCCCCCUGUUCCGGUAGCUGUUAAAGUUCACGAUGGAGAUAAUAGUCAUCAAGGCCAUCGAGAAUGGCUGGCCGAGGUCAUAUUUUUGGGGCAGCUUUCUCAUCCAAAUUUAGUUAAACUUAUUGGAUAUUGUUGUGAAGAUGAGCACAGAGUUCUCAUAUACGAGUAUAUGGCACGCGGUAGUGUGGAAAAUAACUUAUUUUCAAAUGCAAAUUGUUAUUUUUUUGCAGGAGUGCUACUUCCUCUUCCAUGGUCAACUCGAAUGAAGAUCGCUUUUGGUGCUGCGAAAGGACUUGCCUUCCUCCAUGAUGCAGAAAAGCCAGUCAUAUAUCGCGAUUUCAAGACUUCAAAUAUUUUACUAGACCCGGACUACAAUGCAAAACUCUCCGAUUUUGGCCUAGCAAAAGAUGGCCCGGUUGGUGAUAAAUCUCACGUUUCUACUCGCAUAAUGGGAACAUACGGUUACGCAGCACCUGAGUAUAUUAUGACAGGCCAUUUGACUCCAAGAAGUGAUGUUUAUAGCUACGGUGUCGUUCUUCUUGAGCUUCUAACGGGUCGAAAAUCAUUGGACAAAUCAAGACCACCCCGAGAACAAAACCUUGCGGAUUGGGCUCUCCCAUUGCUUAAAGAAAAGAAGAAGUUACUAGACAUUGCAGAUCCUAGGCUAGGUGACUAUCCGGUUAAAGGGUUCCAAAAGGCAGCCAUGCUAGCUUACCAUUGCUUGAACCGUAACCCAAAAGCUAGACCACUUAUGCGCGAUAUAGUAGAUUCAUUGGAACCGUUGCAGAUGGCACCCGAGGUUUUGUCUGAGAGAACAACUUUGACUCUGAUUGCUGAUAAGUGAACACCUAGCGUUUCGAGUUAAGAUGCAUACUGUUUUUCAAACUACUUUUUUCGUCGUCAAUACAUUUUCGAGCUUACCCUUUAACCUUCAUGGGCGGUUUUAGUGUAUGUCAUAGUGUAUAUGAAAAAUGAAGCAUGUUGUGUAAUGUUACUUGUUUUGAAAAAGUUCACCAAUAUAAUGUUUCUUUUUUUUUUUUUU